AUGGACCAGAUGCUGAGUUCCUGGGAUCAGACCAAGCCCAGCGCAGGCUCCCAGAGGACGGGUGGCAUGGACAUUGCAGAAACCUGCCCAAGCCAUUGUGAGAAGACAGAUGCCGCUGCCUUCAGCACAGCCAUCCCCAGUGAAGGUGGCCCGUUGAAGACUCUCCAGAGCAGGCAGAUGACGUCGGAUGGCCACAUCAAUGGCUCCAGUGAUCAGCAGAGUCUCUGUGAGGCUCCGAUGACAAGUCUGCAAGAGAGGCCUGGGCUGGGUCCUGGUGGUGAUCAGACCCUGAGUGUGGGUCAGGUGGUCACACCCACAAGUCCCCAGAGCCUCUCACUUGGCCAGAUGAUGCGCAGCACAGUUAACCCACAGCUCUGUGGGAUGCAGAUGGUGAGCCCCAUGUGUGGGCAGACCCUCUAUGCGGAUCAAGCGUUUCCUCCGAAGGCUGACCAGACCCUCUGUGUUGGGCAGAUGAUGAUGUCAACACCCUGUGCACAGACCCUCUACGGUGGUCAAGUCAUGACUCCGUCACUUGAUCAGAUCCCCACUGGGAUCCAGAUGAUGACUCCCAGCAUUGGCCAGACUCUCCAUGGGGGUCAGAUGAUGACCACCACAGGUUACCAGACCUUCAGUGGAGGCCACGUGGUCAGCCCCACAGGAAGCCAGAACCUCUAUGGAGUACAGAUGGUGAUGCCCGGUGGUGACCAGACCCUCCAAGGAGCCUAUAUGAUGCAGCCUGCGUCCUACUCAGGGCCACAUCCAGGCCUCCUGGACAUAUUGCUCAGCCAGGACUCAACAGCCCUGCCUGUGGCAGCCCUUAAUACUCCUCUCGGAGUCCCAAAGCAGACAGUUUGCAUGGACCAGAUGCUGAGUUCCUGGGAUCAGACCAAGCCCAGCGCAGGCUCCCAGAGGACGGGUGGCAUGGACAUUGCAGAAACCUGCCCAAGCCAUUGUGAGAAGACAGAUGCCGCUGCCUUCAGCACAGCCAUCCCCAGUGAAGGUGGCCCGUUGAAGACUCUCCAGAGCAGGCAGAUGACGUCGGAUGGCCACAUCAAUGGCUCCAGUGAUCAGCAGAGUCUCUGUGAGGCUCCGAUGACAAGUCUGCAAGAGAGGCCUGGGCUGGGUCCUGGUGGUGAUCAGACCCUGAGUGUGGGUCAGGUGGUCACAUCCACAAGUCCCCAGAGCCUCUCACUUGGCCAGAUGAUGCGCAGCACAGUUGACCCACAGCUCUGUGGGAUGCAGAUGGUGAGCCCCAUGUGUGGGCAGACCCUCUAUGCGGAUCAAGCGUUUCCUCCGAAGGCUGACCAGACCCUCUGUGUUGGGCAGAUGAUGAUGUCAACACCCUGUGCACAGACCCUCUACGGUGGUCAAGUCAUGACUCCGUCACUUGAUCAGAUCCCCACUGGGAUCCAGAUGAUGACUCCCAGCAUUGGCCAGACUCUCCAUGGGGGUCAGAUGAUGACCACCACAGGUUACCAGACCUUCAGUGGAGGCCACGUGGUCAGCCCCACAGGAAGCCAGAACCUCUAUGGAGUACAGAUGGUGAUGCCCGGUGACUGUGGCAAAUCGUAUUCCAAGCCAUCCCACCUCCGAAUCCAUGAGCGCAGACACAAAGGGGAAAGGCCCUAUGCAUGCGACAUCACAGGAUGCACAUGGACAUUCUCCCGCAAAGACGAGCUCACCAGACACAAGAGGAAGCACAGUGGGGAGCGUCCCUACAUGUGUCCCAAAUGCAACAAGACUUUUGCACGAUCUGACCAUAUGAUGAUGUCAACACCCUGUGCACAGACCCUCUACGGUCGUCAAGUCAUGACUCCGUCACUUGAUCAGAUCCCCACUGGGAUCCAGAUGAUGACUCCCAGCAUUGGCCAGACUCUCCAUGGGGGUCAGAUGAUGACCACCACAGGUUACCAGACCUUCAGUGGAGGCCACGUGGUCAGCCCCACAGGAAGCCAGAACCUCUAUGGAGUACAGAUGGUGAUGCCCGGUGGUGACCAGACCCUCCAAGGAGCCUAUAUGAUGCAGCCUGCGUCCUACUCAGGGCCACAUCCAGGGUGCCUGUCUGUUUCAAGUUACCCUUGGAUCCAAGCACAAACUCCACAAUGCUUUUCAAGUUCUUAUUUGGUGCAAGGACAACUCCCAGCACAGCAGGAUUGCAACCUACCGACGACCCAGCACUCUCAGUUCCAGAAGAAUCCUGAGCGCUUGAAGCCCUACAUGUGUACCUAUCCAGACUGUGGCAAAUCGUAUUCCAAGCCAUCCCACCUCCGAAUCCAUGAGCGCAGACACAAAGGGGAAAGGCCCUAUGCAUGCGACAUCACAGGAUGCACAUGGACAUUCUCCCGCAAAGACGAGCUCACCAGACACAAGAGGAAGCACAGUGGGGAGCGUCCCUACAUGUGUCCCAAAUGCAACAAGACUUUUGCACGAUCUGACCAUGUACAGCAGCAUCAGAAAGUCCACAAAUGA